UUUUUCUUGCUCCGUAAGAAGUGAAAGGGGCAUACGCCAGCCAAAGGUCCCGAAGCUCCAUUCGGCCAGAGCCCAGUCGCCGCCGACUCCACCUCCGCCGGCCGUCCACUCUACUCUCAACGUUCUUGAAUUCAGUCUCCGUUGCAAUAAUCAGAGUCUCCUAAUACUGAUUCUCGUUCACUGCAAAUGCUAUUAGGUCUGUGCAAUUUCUUCAAGUUUGAUUUUAGCUAUUAAGCUUUUAGAUUGUGUUAUUCUGAUCUAAGUGAUAGCUUGUGAAUUGGUUACACGCAUCUGUAGGCAUCGCAGAUCUCAGGUCUCUCUCUUCCAACUGAAACGUGACUACCCAAAUUGAAUGCCAAAAUCCCACAAUUUAACCUAAACAAAUUCCAAACUCAAAUACACAAAUAUUUUCACUCUCAGACCAUGAGCGUUGAACCUUUCAACAGGUUAGUGAAGCUUGCGGCUAGAGCUUUCUACGAUGAUAUAACUACAAAAGGGGAUAAUCAACCCAAAAAUGGUCGGAGCGACAAUAGGGGAAUUGCCGUGGUGGUACUCGAUGCCCUGACAAGACGACAAUGGGUCCGAGAAGAAGAUUUGGCGAAGGACUUAAAGCUGCACUCAAAGCAGCUUCGAAGAACUUUGCGGUUUUUCGAAGAAGAAAAAUUGGUUACCCGAGAUCAUAGAAGAGAGACAGCUAAGGGGGCAAAGAUUUUUAGUGCUGCAGUAGCUGCUACUGUGGAUGGACAUACAAAGGAGGGGGAUGAGAAGAUUAAGAUGCACACUCAUUCUUACUGUUGUCUAGACUAUGCACAGAUAUAUGAUGUGGUUAGGUACAGACUGCAUCGUAUGAAGAAAAAACUGAAAGAUGAAUUGGAAGACAAGAACACAGUUCAGGAAUAUAUAUGCCCCAAUUGCAAUAGAAGGUAUACUGCAUUGGAUGCCUUGCGAUUAAUUUCUAUGAUGGAUGAAUAUUUUCACUGUGAAAUUUGUGAUGGGGAGCUUGUGGCUGAGAGUGAUAAGCUUGUUGCUCAAGAAGGAGGAGAUGGAGAUGAUAAUGCAAGGAGGCGAAGGCGUGAAAAGUUAAAGGACAUGCUCCAAAAGAUGGAGGUACAACUUAAACCAUUAAUGGAGCAACUUGCAAGAGUAAAAGACUUGCCUGUUCCUGAGUUUGGAACUCUCCUAGCGUGGGAAUUAAGAGCAAGUGCUGCUGCACGUGCAAAUGGUGAUGCCAAUGGUAAUGAUCCUUCCAAAUCAUCCCAGUCUGGUUAUGGGGGAACACCAAUGCCCUUUUUUGGAGAAACCAAGGUGGAAGUUGCAUUUUCUGGACCUGAGGGCAAUGGAGAGGGUAUAAAAUCUGAAGCUGAUAAUACAAGUCUUAAAGUUUUGCCGCCUUGGAUGAUCAAGCAAGGGAUGAAUCUCACAAAAGAACAACGUGGAGGGGAGGUCAAGCAAGAGACAAAGAUGGAUGGCGGCUUUUCAACUGCAGAGACCUCAGAUGACAAAAAGUCGAUUAUUGAAAAUGAUGAUAAGAAAAUUUUUCAGGAUGAAUAUGUUAAAGCUUAUUAUGCUGCUCUACUAGAAAAGCAGAAAGAACUAGAAGCAGCCACAAAACUACAAGAGGAAUUGUCAAACGCUCAAAUGCUCAAUGGAGAAUCCAGUACAUCUACCAGUCGUCAGGUAGGAAUGAAGUCGAAACGGGCCAAAGAUGAAGGUGAGGAAGUUGAAUGGGAAGAGGCCCCAGUUGCAGGAAAUACAAACGAAAAUUACAAGGUAGAUUUGAAUGUUGAAGCUGAUGCUACGGCAGAUAAUGAAGAAGAGGAGGACGACGAUGUGGACUGGGAGGAAGGUUGAAGACUGUUGAGCAGGCAUUUCCUCUGUACCAAGUGUUAUGUCUAUUGGCAGUCAUGUUUCAGAGUUGGGAACUGACUUCAGCUAUAAUUUUAACCAUAGUGAUUUUCUCUUCUCAUCUUUGGCUGUGCCAUAAUUGCCAUAUUCAGAUAUCUUGGCAAGGUUGGAAUGGAAUUGGUGAGUUUUUUUUGUGUUUCCCGAGUCCCAUCACAUACUGUUUAUACACAUAUACUACUGUUUCUUCUCUAGUCUAUACAUGUACUCUCUUCUUCUUGUAUAAUAUACUGAAUUUUCUCAGUCUUGUUAGCAAUUAUUUGUAGUAUUGUAUGGUAGUUUAAUGAAGUUGGUCCCUCUGUUUCUUGGUAGAAAA